AUGACUUUCUUUGGAAAUACUGAAUAUGAUUUCACGAUGUUCGGUGAAACAGUCAAUGUACCAAAUGCUGACAUUGCCCGAAUUAUGUACUAUUUGGAUUGUGUAUGUACCGUCAUUGAUUAUAAUGAUAAUGAUAUUCGUCGAUAUCGAAACUAUUUAAAUUGGAGAAAUAUGUCGGAUGAAGAAGAUCGAUUCAUCUUUCUACUAGCUUUGGCACUUUCACCGGAUGAAUUAGAAGACAAGGUCUUUUUUAAUGCACCAUCACUGUGUCCUGAUAGCAAUAAUCAAUUUUACGAAAUUGGUCAAGUAAGAAAUCAAUUAAUGAUUGUUCAAUCGAUCGUUAUUGGUGGUCGAUCACGACAAGUAAAAAGAAUUAUGGCUUAUGAGCAGGUUUGGAUGCGUAGAAAUUACUAUGAACCAAUGCAACGGCUUGCAAUUCGAUUUAGUCCAGAAAGACAACGCCAAGAGGCACUUAUGAGAGCAAUGACUUGCAUUAUUUCUUAA